AUGUUUACUGAGUUCACGUUUCAUUGCGAUUGCGAGCUCGCUGAGUUGUCGUGGCAAGAUCACCAGCAGGCGGGUGGCUAUGCCCGCGCCCUACGGCGGCAGGUGGGUCACCUGCGCCGCCUCAAGUCCGACCCCGCCGCCCUGGCGCUGACCGCUCCCCCCGACUGGGCGGCGCUGUUCUCUGAUCCCUGCCGGCCCCUGGUGGUGGACCUGGGCUGCGGAGCGGGGCGCUGCAUGAUACUGGCCGCAAGGCUGGCGGAAGAGCAGCAGCAGCAGCAGAAUGUACUGCGGCGCCAGGGGCCGGUUGUCCCGGCAGUGGUGGCGGCGGCGGCGGCGGAAGAGCAACGGCAGCGUCUGCAGGGCAGUGCUGACGCUGGUGCGGCUUUGUGCUCUUCCUCGGGCGAUACGGCAACCAGCAUUAGGCAAAGUACUACAGGCGGAAAUGGCGGUGACUCUAGCGGGAGCAAAGGUGGUGUUGACACUGGCUGCAGACGCGGCGGCGGCGCAAACUUUCUUGGAGUGGACAUCCGACUCGCGCUAACCUCGCGCGCCACCGCAUGGGUCCGAGCAGCGGCCCUCAACCACCGACUCGCCUUCCUAUGCGCCAACGCCAACGCUAGCCUCGUGCCGCUGCUGGGCUCGUACGGCGGUCGUACGUCAAUCUGUACGACGAGAAGCACAUCACAAAGCAACGGCCCCGUUACCGAUGCCGAUGCUGAUACCACUACUGGUGGUAUCAGCCUUGGCGGUAGUAGCAGCGGCGGCGGCAUUCGGAACGGAUUUGGCCGUGUGGCUUUGGUUUGCCUUCAGUUCAGUGACCCACCCGUUCACCGUGCCGCACUGGUGGGGGGUAGUCAGCUGGUGGCGCAGCUGGCGGCAGCGCUGGAGCCGGGAGCCAUGUUGUGGAUCCAGUCAGACGUGCUGUCCAUCGCAAAGUCCCUCCGUGCGCUCUUCUGCUGCCACGGCGGCUUCGCACCCAGUGCCAGACACGCCUCCGCCACCUCCGCCACACGAACGCGCCACUGGCUGACCGCGGGGACGCCAAACCGCUCAAAUCAAACGAUGGCACCGAUAUCAAAGUCACCAACCGAUUCUGAAACCUCUGCAGCUUCUGCUGAUGCCCUAUCGCCGUCGCCGUCGCCACCACCGCCGCUGCCCCUGCUGCUUCACGCGGAUCUUGCGACCCAUGUCGAGCCCUGGCUGACCGAGGAGCAGGUGGCGGCAGUUGUACGGCGGAACCGAAUCCGAGACCACCCGGAAGAUAAAGACCUUCAGGACGGCGUUGAGACACAUGAUGCUCUUGGAAAUCACUACAGGCCGGUCCUCGAAGGGCAGGAUUCGACCGGGUCUGGGGAUGAGGAGUUCAUGGCUACGUACAAAGCUGGCAGAUGUGUGGAUGAUGCGGACGAUAAAGGUGAUGUAGACGGUGACGGAUGUGGUUGGUGCGGGUUGCCUUGGCUGGACUCCAAUCCUCUAGGGGUGCCCACGGAACGGGAGCUGUACGUGGAGCGGGGUGGUAGGGACGUCUAUAGGCUGCUGCUGGCUCCUAUGGACGGCAACGAAGCCACAGCCCACAUCGCUUACGCCGUCUCGGACGUGUCGUUUAUCUACCCUAUCACCCCCGCUACGGUCAUGGGCGAGCUGGUGGACCAGUGGGCAGCAGAGGGCCGUGUUAACGUGUUCGGCAACGUUAUGAGCGUGACGGAGAUGGAGAGCGAGACCGGCGCGGCAGGCGCGUUGCACGGCGCCCUGGCAGCCGGCAGCCUGGCCACUACCUUCACGUGCUCCCAGGGGCUGCUGCUGAUGGUGCCCAACAUGUACAAGAUUGCAGGCGAGCUCACACCUUGCGUGUUGCACGUGACGGCGCGCGCUCUGGCUAAGCACGCGCUCUCCAUUUUCGGAGACCACCAGGACGUUAUGGCGGUGCGGCAGACCGGGUGGGCCAUGCUGUGCAGCCACAACGUGCAGGAAGCUCACGACUUGGCUUUGGUAUCGCAUCUCGCAACGCUGCGGGCUUCGGUACCCUUCCUGCACUUUUUCGACGGUUUCCGCACCAGCCACGAGAUCAACACAAUCGAGCUGAUCGACAGCGCCGCCAUCAAGGAGUUGCUGAGCAAGCCCGUGUACGCGGAUGCCAUCCGCCACCAUCGCACUCGUGCGCUCAACCCUACCCAUCCGCACCAGCGCGGUACGGCACAGGGCCCCGAUGUGUACUUUCAGUGCGCUGAGGCCGCAAACCCCUUCUACGACCGGGCGUACGAGCACGUAGUCGAGGCCAUGGCUGAGGUGUCAGCUAUCACGGGCCGGUCGUACAAGCCGUACGAGUACGUGGGUGCCCCCGAUGCGGACAAGGUGAUUGUGAUCAUGGGCAGUGGCAGCCAGACAGUGGAGGAGGCGGUCGAGUACAUGAGCGCGCUGGGCCACAAGGUCGGCGUGCUCAAGGUGCGGCUGUUCCGUCCGUGGAAGACGGAGGCGUUUCUGGACGUCAUUCCCGCCACUGUGCGCAAGGUGGCCGUCCUGGACCGCACCAAGGAGAGCGGCUCGGGCGGGGAGCCCCUCUACCAGCAAGUGGCGGCCUCCCUCCACGAGGCGGAGCUGGUGGACCCAGCCCUUCCGCGUCGGUAUAUUGUGGGUGGCCGCUUCGGCCUGGCUUCGAAGGAGUUUCUGCCCUCGCAUGCCGUCGCGGUGUUUGAGAAUCUCGACGCCGCUACCCCUAUGCGCGACUUCUCGGUCGGCAUCGUAGACGAUGUGACGCGGCGCAGCUUGCCGGCCGCGCAGCUACUGCCAGCGGGUGUGUCCACCCUGCCCACCGGGACCUUCGAGUGCCUCUUCUGGGGCAUGGGCUCCGACGGCACCGUGGGCGCCAACAAGGAGGCAAUUAAGAUUAUCGCCUCUAAUACCAGCAUGUCAGCGCAAGCGUACUUUUCGUACGACGCGCACAAGAGCGGCGGCGUGACCGUGAGCCACCUGCGCUUCGGACCCAGCAAAAUCCGCGCGCCAUACCUGGUGCAGCAGGCGGAUUACAUGGCUGUCAAUCAUCAGUCGUACAUGGCCAAGUACGAUACGCUGUCGUGCCUCAAGCCGGGUGGCGUGUUGGUCCUGAACACGACCUUCACCACCGUGGAGUCGCUUACCAAGUACCUGCCCGACAAGGUCAAGAAGCAGGUCGCGGCGCUCAAGCCCAAGCUUUACCUGAUCGAUGCGCUUGCCGUUGCCAAAGCUUCCGGCCUGGGCAAGCACGUCAACAUGGUAAUGCAGACGGUGUUUUUCAACCUCAGCGGCGUCUUGCCCAUGGAGAAGGCCAUCGCACUGCUAAAGAAGUCGAUCUCGAAGGCCUACGAGCGCAAAGGCCCGGAGGUGGUCGCCAAGAACCAUGCUGCGGUGGACGCCGCAAUCUCGGCGCUCAAGCAAGUGGACAUCCCCGCUUCCUGGGCCGAGGUGGAAACGCCGGUGGUGCACCCGAACCCGCUAGCCAAGGUUCAGUCUGGCAGCCGCUGGGAGUUCAUGGAGAAGGUGGCUCGGCCCAUGCUCGCGCUGGAGGGUGACAAGCUGCCUGUCAGCGUCUUCUCGCCAGAGGGCUUCGUUCCCCCGGGCACCACUGUCAUCGAGAAGCGCGCCAUUGCGGCUCAGGUGCCCGUGUGGAAGGCUGAGAACUGCACCCAGUGCAACAUCUGCGCCUUCGUCUGCCCACACGCCGCGAUUCGGCCCGCACUUGCUCAGCCCGGUGAGCUGCAAAACGCACCCGCGUCCUUCGGCUCCAUCGCCGCCAAGGGCCCCGGGCUGCAGGGCCUCAAGUACCGUAUCCAGGUAUCGCCGUACGACUGCACGGGAUGCGACUUGUGCACCCACGCCUGCCCGGACAAUGCCCUGGAGGCCAAGCCCAUCAGCAGCAUCCUGGACGUGGAGAGCGCUAACUGGGACUUUGCUACCCAGCUGCCGGUCCGCGACAACCUGAUGGACCGCAGCAGCGUGAAGGGCUCUCAGCUGCAACAGCCCCUCAUGGAGUUCUCGGGCGCCUGCGAGGGCUGCGGCGAGACGCCGUACGUCAAGCUGCUGACUCAGCUCUUCGGCGACCGGCUCAUCAUUGCCAACGCCACCGGCUGCUCGUCCAUCUGGGGCGGCUCCGCACCCUCCAACCCGUACACCACUAAUGCGGAUGGCUUCGGACCCGCGUGGGCCAACUCGCUGUUCGAGGACAACGCACAGUUCGGCUUGGGUAUUGCGACGGGCACAGUCCAACGGCGUAAGACGCUUCACCGCCACGUUCAGGAGGUGCUGGCGGCCCCGGCUGAGAGUGUGCCCAUCAGCGCUGCUCUGCGCGAUGCGCUUACCAGGUGGUCGGACCACUUCGACGAGCCUCAGGUGGCAAACGUGGUGGCCAAGGAGCUGCAGCCCUUGUUGGAGAGGGAGAAGGACGUGGCGCCCGCCAUUACCACGGUGCAUGGUGAGCGUGACAUGCUGCACAAGCCAUCGACCUGGAUUGUUGGCGGCGAUGGUUGGGCGUACGACAUCGGAUUCGGCGGUCUGGACCACGUGCUGGCUUCGGGCGAGAACGUAAAUAUCCUGGUUCUGGACACGGAAGUGUACAGCAACACCGGUGGCCAGCGCUCCAAGGCGACUCCCAUGUCCGCAGUCGCCAAGUUUGCGGCAGGCGGCAAAGAGCGCCCGAAGAAGGACCUCGGCGCCAUCGCCAUGAGCUACGGCGACGUGUACGUGGCCUCCACCUCCCUGCACGCCAACUACGGUCAGGUGGUCAAGGCCAUGACCGAGGCGGAGCGCUACCCGGGUGUCAGUCUCAUCCUGUGCUACGCGCCCUGUAUCAUGCACGGAAUCUCCUCCGGCAUGUGCUCGGCCAUUGACGAAUCGAAGAUGGCUGUCGAGACAGGGUACUGGCCGCUGUACCGCUACAACCCGGGUAUCAAGGAGGACUCCAGUCACCACCGCUUCCAGCUCGACUCCAAGAAGCUCAAGGGUGACAUCAACGAGCUCUUCUCGCACGAGAAUAGGUUCCAAAUCCUGGAGCGCAAGGCCCCCGAGGUGGCUAAGCACAUGCACGAGGUGAUGGACGAGUCCGUACACGAACGGUUCGACAAGUUCAAGAAUCUCGCAUCGGGUGGCCCGGGCAUUGCCUCGCACCAAGACCCUCCCAAGCAGCAGCACCAGUAA